CUGACAGUACGCCUUUCUGUUUGUUCUGUGUUGUUCAUUUUAUGUCGCAAGAAAAUACAAAAUAAAUUACUUAUCCACAAUAAUUUUGUAGAUAAUGUCCUUGUACGACGAUCUUGAUACAAUAAAAGCCCGCACGACAGAAAAGGUAGCAGGAUGGUCUUCAGGUAUAAAAUUACUGCAAUCACAACUGCAACUAAAAAAAGCUGCAGUAACUCAACCUAAAAGAGAAGCUUUACGUCGUUCAACACAGGUUUUAACACCUGUUAUCGACCUGAAAAGUAAACAAAAAGAUGAGGAUGAGUCAAAUUCAAACAGUCCCAAUUCACAACCUAAAACUCUGACAGCUUCACUAAAUGUUCGAGAUUUUGAUUGGAAUGUAGCAAAUGAGUAUGAUCCUAUGUGGCCUAAUGAUUACGAAAAAGUUGCCAAAGAAAUGCAAGCUAAAAGAUUACAAUUAGAUGGUGGAGACAGAACUGAAAGGACAGAAAGAAAACGAAAAAGUAGAUUUGGUGAUGAUGAUGAUGUUAUCCCUGAAAAAACACUUAUACCAAUGCAACCUGAAGAAGAAGAAGCUGAAGAAAUAUCUAAACGUGCUGCUGGUGCUGCGAUUGCCCCACCACCGUCAUUGACUGUUGAGACCCCAUCACCACCCCCUGCCGUACCCACCCCUAACCCCCCUGCAGCUGGAUUUUCUAUAGGUGGCUAUGGUGCUAGCUCAGUAGCUGCCAAAAUUAUGGCAAAAUAUGGAUUCAAGGAAGGUCAAGGUUUGGGUAAAAAAGAACAAGGCAUGUCAGUGGCUUUACAAGUAGAGAAGACCUCUAAGCGUGGUGGAAGAAUUAUACAUGAAAAGGAUGGAGGAGCCAUGCCACCACCAGCAUUUGCUAUGCCUGCUGCUCCUGGACCAGAUUCUCCAAAUGCUUCUUCUAAUUCCCCACAAACAAAACAAGAGCCAUCAAUUACUGAAAUAAUGAAGUCACCGAGCAAAGUAGUUUUAUUAAGAAAUAUGGUGGGCCCCGGAGAUGUGGACGAGGAACUUGAACCAGAAGUAAAAGAUGAAUGUAACACGAAAUAUGGAGAUGUUAUAAAAGUUUUAAUAUUUGAAAUGCCAAAUGCGCCUUCUGAUGAAGCUGUGAGAAUAUUUGUGGAAUUUAAACGAAUUGAAAGUGCUAUUAAAGCAGUUGUCGACCUCAAUGGCCGAUUUUUCGGCGGUCGUCAAGUGAAGGCGGGAUUCUAUGAUGUAGAAAAAUUUGCUUCAUUACAAUUAACUGAAUAAAUAAUAUUGAAUACGAUAAAAUAA